AUGUACGCCAAAGGCAAGAGCAGCAGCGUGCCGUCCGACAGCCAAGCCAGAGAAAAGUUAGCGCUGUAUGUGUACGAGUACCUGCUGCACGUCGGAGCUCAGAAGUCCGCACAGACCUUCUUAUCUGAGAUCCGAUGGGAGAAAAACAUCACAUUAGGGGAGCCUCCCGGGUUCCUUCACUCGUGGUGGUGUGUGUUUUGGGACCUGUACUGUGCCGCUCCUGAGAGAAGGGACACAUGCGAACACUCGAGUGAGGCCAAGGCUUUCCAUGACUAUGAAGGUCUGAGCACAGCUAAACCAGUGGGAGCCAAUGGGGGUUGGGGAGACCCCCAGUCUGUUUCCGUGGAAACAGAGCCCAGUCUGGGUCUGGUCCUCAUGGAGGAGGUGACUCACUGUAACAUCAUUGCCAUGGCAAUAAGAGUGAGCGGAGGAGCGCUGCUUUUCUAA